AUGAACGGUCACCAUCAGACGUACCAGCAGCCGCACCAUCAGCUGCAGCAUCGCCACCAUCACCAGCAGCAGCGGCUACUGGAACAGCACCAGCGUCUGCUGGAACAGCAGCAGCGACGUGUCACGCAACAGUGCAGCCGACGUCCCCCUUCCGCUGCCCAAGCCCCCUCAACCGCGGAAGUGUCACUUAACCGUGUUGUCCAUCACACUACAGAGCCUCCGCCACCGCCGCCGCCGCCGCCGUCGAAACACCGACCGCGGAUCAUGCAUCUCGACAGCGAGGAUGCGCUGUCGGCGGCGCUGGCCGCGGACGGUUACCGGUUGGGCUCGACCGUCGGCCACGGGUCCUACAGCAAAGUCCGGUUGGCGUUCCGGACAGUGCCGGUGACGGCGUCGGCAUCGGCGUCAUCCAUGGCUCGGGUGGCGUGCAAGGUGAUCAACAAGAGGCGCGACCCGGGUACAUCAUCGUACGUGCGAAAGUUCUUGCCCAGGGAACUGGAAGUGUUGCGCACGGUCCGGCACCCGAACGUGGUUAGAACGCACCGGAUAUACGUGACGCCAUACACCGUGCACGUGUUCAUGGACUAUUGCGAGAACGGCGACCUGCUCAGCCACCUGCAGCACGUCAAGAGCAUACCGCAGUGGCAAGCGCACACGUUCUUCAGGCAGAUAUGCGAGGCCGUAGAUUAUCUGCACCGAAAAAACAUCUCCCACCGGGACAUAAAAUGCGAAAACGUCCUAUUGGAAAGCAUGCGGACGGUCAAGUUGACUGAUUUCGGGUUCGCCAGGUUCUGCGCGGAUGAACGAGGCCGGAGACUAAUGAGCCAGACAUACUGUGGCAGUUCGUCAUAUGCUGCACCCGAAGUCUUACAAGGAAUACCGUACGAUCCAAUUUCCUAUGACAUGUGGGCACUGGGAGUUGUGCUAUAUGUGAUGCUAUCCGACGCCAUGCCAUUCCCGCACUCUAACCGACAGCAGAUCGUGGCCAAUCAGAUAGCUAAAAAGUUCUCCAGGCCCAAGAAACCAGUAGCAAGAGAAGCGUUGAAACUUAUCUCGAUUAUUUUAGAACCAGACGUUAAUAAAAGAGCUACCAUGAAUCAAGUAAAACAUCAUCCAUGGGUUAAACAGCAAAACCCAUAUCAUACUCAUUAA